AUUAUUCAAGUGUUCAAGAGUUUUAUUAAUGUAAUAAUCCGUGGUGCGUAAGAACAUACUACCUUACUUUCUACAUUGUACAAUUUAAUAAAGUAUUUUCGUUGAUAGAAGAACCAUUUUCUCUAACUCAUUUACACAGUACAUACAUUUUAUUCAAUCUGUUUGAAGGCAUUCUAUAUAUUGAUGCAUAAUUUAUAGCGACCUACACAGAUUAUAUUGGUCAUACAUACUUUUACACUUUGUAUAAACGUAUACGUAUGUGUACCACUAAACAGAGCUGCUUUAACGAGCGUAUGCAUCAGCUAUAACAGUCUAAUAUUCAUUACUACAGUUUUAUGUAACGAGCGAUUGCUCUCCGUUCUCUUUCAUACAAUUCUUUUCGGUCUCUGAAUUGGUGUUUUUCCUCCGAUUACUGGUUUCAACCGAAAUUGAAACGAACAUACACAUUCUUAAAAUAGGCGGCUUAACUUUCAACAUUUCGUAUGCAUAUGGCUAUAUGUACAUAUGUAUAUGCCUGGUACCGUUAGAACUAAAUUUAAACGUGUCCUCUCGUGUUGUAUUAUACUUUGACCACACACGUGAUGAAAUAGGCCUUAGUGGCAUGUUCGGUGUAAAAUUACCGCAGAAUCUACGCCUCACCGAAUUGAAAUCGUGUCAUUUAAAGUUCAUUCGUCCUUGUUCUUAUCCAGUUAAUGAUGUUUACACGUGACAAAUGGUAUACGUGUGUGAAAUGGAAGUGUGUAGUGAAGGAAAUACCUUUAACACAUUGACUGCUGUGGAGGACACAUGUGGCCCUCACUUAUAAUUUCAAUAAUUACCGGUCGUAAUGUUUCAAUAUGAAAUCAUGAAAUCGAAUGUAUUAACGAAUAAAUAAUAGCUGUAAAAAUAGGAAAAUUACAAGAAGAAUAUCGUCAAUAAACGAUAUGUAAUCAAGAACAGAUUUCUUCGAUAAAACAAGGAACUAAAGAGUCGUGUUACGAUAAGUUCAGUCUGUUCCCGAAGUCUAUUCUAGAUCGCAACAUCAUUCUAUUCGUUCGUGUCUCUAUUACAUGUAAAGUAGGGUCAAUCUGUUGCUGUUUUGUAGUUUAUUUAAAAAACAAAUAUGUGUAACUUCCACUCAUGUUACGAAUGCAUUCAAACGUACCAUCUCGGAUAUUGUUGGAGACGAAAAUGGUACUUCGUCAUGGGUUUUGUACUUGGAGUGUCAAUUAUGCUAUUAUUGUUACGAGAAUCAACGUAUAAUCCAGAUAUCUCACAAAAUUCGAUAGAACAGAAUAUUAAUAUGGACGGUGAAUUAAGAAAUGUUUACAAGGAGGUUACGAACAGAUGGUAUAACAUUACCGACGAUGAUAAAUGGUACAAUAGUAGAAUAUUCUCGAUAUCGGACUCAAAAAGUUGGAAGCCUUAUAUGACCGAAAUCCGACAGAAUUGGAUAUUGUGGAAACAUAAUUCAAAUAAACCUUAUAAUUUGGAACAUCCAGAAAUCGAGGAUCCAUCCAUGGGUCAAGCCAGUGUUAUUCGUAAAAUUUUCCAAGAUAAGAAGAAUGGAUUCUUCGUGGAAUGUGGUGCUUAUGAUGGAGAGACACGAAGUAACACGUUGGUCCUGGAACGAUUUCUCGAUUGGACAGGUCUCCUGGUAGAAGCUGAUUCCAUCAACUUCAGUAAGAUGAUGCUGAAGAACCGGAAGUCUUACCUAUCGCCUGUUUGCCUUGGUCUUCAGCCAUAUCCCACGGUGAAUACUUUCCUGAUGGCUGACAAUGUAGGACGUCUUCACGACCCAAAUGCAGACAGCAGAAUGCGAAAUUCAAACGACGUUGCGUACAGUGGUGUUCACAUCAAAGUCCAAUGUUUUCCAUUCGCUCAUUUGAUGGCAGCUCUUAACGUGACCACUGUUAAUUAUUUUAGUCUUGAUAUCGAGGGCCACGAGCUUGAGGUACUGAAAACGAUUCCGUUCGAUGAGAUAAACAUCGAGACGCUAUCGGUGGAGUUCGCUCACGUUGCAUCUGGUAAAAAGAAGCUGAUCGAUUUUAUGGAAUCGAAGGGUUAUUACGUUCAUUCCUUCGUCGUUAGAUCCGAUCGUCUGGCUAACGAUAUAAUAUUCACGAAAUACAACUAUGAUUCGUUUAAUUCGACACGGAAUUGAAGUCUCUCCUCUUGUUGUCCUCUCUUAUUCUAUAUCGUUGACAUUCUCAGAAUGACUAUAAACCUCUGAUCUCUAGAAUACAGAGGAAACCUUGAUUAAUAUCAAACGAUAAAACACAGCACCCGAGUAAACUAUGCUUGUUAAAAAUAAUAGGAACUCAACAUAUUCGUUUAUACACUCUUACUCUUUAACAAUUGUAAAAAAAAGAAUUCUAAUUAAAGUAAAGCUAUAAAUUGA